AUGUAUUUCCGCCGAUUUUCUGUCGCCCUCGUGUCUGGCCUCGUCGGCUACGGCGCAUGGUACUCGUACAACGGGACAGCUAUUAACAAGUCACACUUGACAAGAAGCUUCACGUCUGGCGCGACCGGCCCCGCCGGCGACGCUGCCCCUACGCGCACCGUUCUAGUCGUCGGUGCCGAUCAAUUACACACCGGGACCUUUGUCGGAGAGGGACCGAUAUCGAAGACGUCGAGCGACGACGGACGGAAGAUUAUCGAGAUGUUGACCCCGGAGCAGGCCACCCAGAAACUGCGCAAGACGGAACAGUCCUUCAUGGUCAACAGAGGACAGGGCGUCGUCCGAUAUGACUUGGUCCAGCUACCUAGCAACGAUCCCAUCGAGGACGACCACGCCGAAAAGAUCGUCGAGGUCCCCAACAAGGCGGCUGGCGCAGUUGGAAACAGCAAUGAUUGGAUGUUCUGGGGUGUUUUCGAUGGUCAUGCCGGCUGGACCACAUCUGCGAAGUUGCGCCAGGAGUUGAUUCUCUCUGUGGCCAAGGAGCUCAACACUACGUACCAGGCGUCCAAAGACCUGUCCCCGCCCGCCGAGGCCAUCGACGCGGCCAUCAAGUCCGGCUUCACCCGUCUGGACGAUGAGAUCGUUAACCAGAGCGUCGAGAGGGUUUUCAAGGCUGGCUCUAAGACCAUGGCUGCUGAACUUCUCGCGCCUGCCCUGUCGGGCUCUUGUGCGCUCCUGUCUUUCUACGAUAGCCGAUCGAAGCUUCUGCGCGUCGCCUGCACAGGCGAUUCGCGCGCUGUACUAGGCCGCCGAUCAUCCAACGGCAAGUGGACCGCCACCGCUCUCUCCGUGGACCAGACCGGCAGCAACCCCGACGAGGCCACGCGCAUGCGCAAGCUCCACCCGGGCGAGGACCGCGUCGUGCAUAAUGGCCGCGUACUCGGUGGUCUGGAGCCCACGCGCGCUUUCGGCGAUGCCAGCUACAAGUGGAGCCGGGACAUCACCAACCGCCUCAGAGAGUCUUUCUUCGCCCGCUCUGCCUCGCCCCUCCUCAAGACGCCUCCUUACGUCACCGCCGAGCCUGUCGUCACCACGACUAAGAUUGAGCCCGAGAACGGGGACUUCGUCGUCAUGGCCACUGACGGCCUGUGGGAGAUGCUGACCAACGAGGAGGUUGUCGGUCUCGUCGGCAAGUGGAUCGAGAGCCAGGCCAGCGGCUCCGGCUCGCAGUUCGACUCGGCCUGGUCCAAGAUUUUCGGAUCCAAGCAGUCUGGUCUGCCUGUUGAGCAAGCCAACGACAAGCGAGUUGACGGGCAGAAGACGCCUAUCCGCCUCCAGCAAUGGGGCAUCUCCCCCGACGCCCCCGAGCGAUUCGUCGUCAAGGACAAGAACGUAGCCACCCACCUCGUGCGCAACGCUCUUGGUGGAAAGAACGAGGAGCAAGUGUGCGCCCUGUUGACCCUACCCUCCCCCUUUUCUAGACGCUAUCGUGAUGACUUGACCGUCCAGGUCAUCUUCUUCGGCCACGGUGAGAAGACGGGCGAGGUCAACCUGAACGAGGAGGCCACGGCUCAACAGCUCUUGAAGGCCAAGCUUUAA